AUGCUUAAAGCGUAUCACCGCAAGUUGGCUCGACCUUCGGGCUACCCAUCAACGGCAGAGGGUCCUACCGACCCUUCCCGGGACAAUGGCGGUGCUACCGAAGAAGGAAUCCAGAAUGAGCUGAAGAUCCCUGCGGAGGCUGUUGAUGAUCCCGCGGACAGGGAGGAUUUGCCAGAUGAACAAGCCCAGACUGGUGUCACUCAAGCAGAGGCUAUCACUUUGACCUGGAACAAGGUUUCCCUGGGAGCGGCUUACGCUCUUAUGUUUCUUUUGUACUUUGUGAACGCUCUCCAGUCCACCAUUACGGGAAGUUUGUCUGCCUACGUGACGAGUGACUUCGAGUCGCACUCGUUGAUUCCUGUGAUUUACAUUGUGUCCAGCGUUAUGUCUGCGGCAACGUAUAUGCCUUUGGCAAAAAUCCUCAAUCUUUGGGACCGUUCCGUGGGGUUUAUGCUCAUGGUGUUAUUCGCGAUCUUGGGCUUGAUAUUGUCUGCAACUUGCAAGGAUAUUGCCACGUUCUGUGCCUCUCAAGUGUUUUACAGUAUCGGAUUUUCGGGAAUGAUCUUUUGUAUUGAUGUUAUCACCGCUGAUACAUCAACCCUCCGUGAUCGAGGUCUUGCCUAUGCCUUCACCUCUUCCCCCUACAUUAUUACCGCGUUUGCUGGUCCCAAGGCUGCUGAGCAUUUCUAUUCCUUCAACUGGCGAUGGGGAUUCGGUGUGUUUUGCAUUGUACUUCCCGUGGUGGCCUUGCCUAUGUUUGGUCUUCUGCGCUACAACCUGUACAAGGCGAAGAAGAAGGGUCUUUUGAAGGAGAAGCCAGCAAGUGGCCGGACAAUGAUCCAGAGUGUCAUUUACUACAUCAUCGAGUUUGACCUGAUGGGCGUUUUCCUGCUAGCCGCAGGCCUGGUCCUCUUUCUCCUCCCCUUGACCAUUGCCGGUUCCAUGGAGGAUGAAUGGCGAUCCACCUCCAUUAUUACCAUGCUGGUCGUUGGUGUCGCUUGUCUGGCUGCCUUUGGUUUGGCCGAACGCUUCGUCGUCCCCGUACCCUUCCUGCCAUGGCACCUGCUGGCCUCCCGCACCGUUAUCGGCGCGUGCCUCAUCGACGCCUGCUACCAGGUCGCCUACUACUGCUGGAGCGACUACUACUCGUCCUACCUCCAGGUCGUGUACGGAACCAGCAUUUCGACCGCCGGGUACAUCGGCAACAUCUUCGACGUGGUGUCCGGCUGCUGGCUCUUGAUCGUGGGGCUGUUGAUCAAAAAGACCUGUCGGUACCGCUGGCUACUUUACUUCUCGGUUCCUCUCUACAUGCUCGGGGUGGGCUUGAUGAUCUACUUCCGCAACCCGCACUGGUCCGUCGGGUAUCCGAUUCUGUGCCAGAUCUUUAUUGCGUUCGGCGGCGGCACGAUGAUCAUCGUCCAGCAGGUUGCGGUCGAGGCUGCCUCUGACCACAACCACGUCGCCUCCGCCCUUGCUUUCCUGAACUGCUUCGGGUCUGCCGGCGGUGCCAUUGGCAGCAGUAUCUCCGGUGCCAUCUGGACCAACACGCUGCCCGGCGCGCUGCAGCGCCGUCUGCCGGAAUCUGCCUUGCCGGACUGGGAGUCCAUCUAUGAUGACUUGGAGGUCCAGCUCAGCUACGAACGAGGGUCGGACGUCCGCAACGCUAUUUCCCUUGCCUAUGCCGACGCGCAGACGAAGAUGUUGAUCGCGGGAACCUGCGUCAUGUCUCUAUCUCUCGUCUGGAUGUUUUUGGUCCGGGACAUCAAGCUUACCAAGCAACAGACCAAGGGUAUUCUGUUUUAGACGGCUUUGGUGAUAUCUUAGAUUAUACAUAUUUAAUUUUUUUUUUUUUUUUUUUUUUAGGAGGAACGGGAAGAUUUACAGCUCUCUAGCAGGUAGGUUUUUAGGUACCUAGGUAGUGAACUAUGAACGAGGGAG